AUACAUAGUGAGAGCUACCUAUAAAGAUUCCAAUAUAUUUGCUCACACAUAAAUUCAGAACCCCCCAUGGUUUUUCUUUUGUCACCCUCCUUGUAGUUCCUUUUCUCUAACCAUGCAUGUAGUAACAUCCAUGGCAGAGGCCGAUAACAACGACGUUCCAUUAGUGUUCGACGCGUCGAUUCUACGACACCAACAUAAAAUUCCGAAGCAAUUCAUAUGGCCAGACGAGGAGAAACCAGGCGGGCGGUGUCCAGAGCUAGAAGUCCCAUUAAUCGACUUGUCGGGAUUUUUAUCCGGCGACAAAGAUUCGGCUGAAGAAGCCGUCCGACAUGUCGGCGAGGCAUGUGAGAAACAUGGGUUUUUUCUAGUGGUGAACCAUGGAGUUGACUCGAAAUUGAUAGCAGAAGCUCACAAAUACAUGAACGAAUUCUUUGAAUUGCCACUUAGUGAAAAACAAAGGGCUCAAAGGAAAGCUGGUGAGCACUGCGGUUAUGCUAGUAGCUUUACUGGUCGUUUCUCUUCCAAAUUGCCAUGGAAAGAAACUCUUUCUUUUCGAUUCUCCGCGGAUGAGUCCAUGAAUAAUCAUGUUCUUCAUUACCUCCGUACCAAGCUCGGUGACCAAUUUGCCAACUUUGGUAGGGUUUAUCAGGAGUAUUGUGAAGCAAUGAGUGGACUAUCUUUGGGAAUAAUGGAGCUACUGGGGAAAAGCCUUGGAGUAGAAGGAGAUUAUUUCAAGAACUUCUUCAAAGAUAAUGAUUCAAUAAUGAGAUUGAACUUUUAUCCACCAUGCCAGAAGCCUCAUCUGACCUUAGGGACUGGCCCUCACUGUGACCCAACUUCUUUGACCAUUCUUCACCAAGACCAAGUUGGUGGCUUACAAGUUUUUGUCGACAACCAAUGGAGACUCAUCGCCCCUAACUUUGAUGCUUUUGUUGUCAAUAUUGGUGACACUUUCAUGGCACUAUCAAAUGGGAGAUACAAGAGUUGCUUGCAUAGAGCAGUGGUGAACAGCGAGACAACAAGGAAAUCGUUAGCAUUUUUUUUAUGUCCAAGAAAUGAUAAAGUGGUAAAGCCACCAAAGGAGUUGGUGGACACUCAGAACCCACGAAUAUAUCCAGAUUUUACAUGGUCCAUGCUUCUCCAAUUCACACAGAACAAUUAUAGAGCUGAUAUGAAAACACUUGAAGUUUUUUCAGCUUCUCUUCAACAACAAACAUAAAUUAAUAAUCAAAAUUAAUUAAUUAUUCACCUUCUUAUUUCUUUCUUUAUUUAGUACUUACUGGCUCUUUCUUUAUGCUAAGAGAGGUUUUUUUCUUGUGGUGAUGAGGAAAAUCGAACGGACUCUUUUUUUUUUUUUUA